ACGCAACUCAGAUGUAUUGAAACUGGCAUUGUCAUGUCCAUUAUUGCAGACAGUACUGUUUUAACAAUACCCCAUCUGUAGCUAAUGAAACAGCACCUUCAUAAAGUCCCCUUUACUGUACACAGUUCUACAGAUCCCAUCCGCCCAGUGUUGACUCCAUCAGACUUCGGCAGCCCGGAUGACAGCAUGCCAUCGGAUGCACUACUGAGCCUAGCGGACGACGUCAUCCCCAUUGACACAGACAGAACACGGCUCAUCUCCAACAGGUCAUGGGAACGCUUUGACACUCCAACUGAGGACAGUCCCAAAAGUGACACUUUAGAUCCUUUGACAGAUGACCUCACAAUUUUCAAAACGGAGCCCAAAAGCCAGGAGCUAGAAGAUACUGAUGAGAAGAGGACUGUCAGAUUUGAGAGAACGACUAAAGAUGACGACUCCCCAUGGGACAGAUGGACGUCCCCCACUGUGUACACCACCACCAGCACAACUAAGGAGAGCACGGUUGAGACUACUGAGGAGGAAAGCCCAACUGCAGAUUCAGAGUCCAAAAAGGGACUGGUGCUGCUGAAGGAAUAUGUGGAUGAGACAAGUGAAUUAAACAAACAAUCCGGACCAGACAGUGACUGGCUUAAAGACUCUUCCUAUACAAAGAGCUACAGUACCCCUGGGUACCAAAACAGUGAUAUGUCAGAGUGUACAUACUGUGGGGAGCUCGUGGGCAGCGAUGCCAAAAUCACCAUUGAACAUCUCAACAUCUCCUGCCAUCCAGAAUGUUUUAAGUGUGGCAUAUGCAGCAAGCCAAUGGGAGACUUGCUCUUCAGCAUGUUCUUACACAACGGGACGGUGCACUGUGACAGCUGUUACGCAAAUGUGCUUUAACAGCAAAUGAUUUGGAAAUUCAUUUUUAAAAGAUGGCAUGAUAAAAAAAAAUACUACUGUUCAUAUUUUCACAGUGAGCAAACCACUCUGUGGAGUAAUUAAGUGCCCUACCACACUAUCAGAGGCUACUGAACCUUGUUUUUAUGAAGUGAACGCACAUUAGCUCUUAAUACUUCUCUGCUAUGUAAUGUUAAUGUGUUAACUGCACACUAGUAAUCUUUAACCUGAAUGGUACAAUGAAGGAUCGAUAUAUAUAUGUAUUCAUGUAGCAGCAUGUGCUCGUCUGACUUGCAACAUCAACUGAGAAAGACUUGCAUGGGUGGCAAGGUCUUCCUUCAAAACAUGAGUUUUGAAUUUCUUAUUGUCUGUCAUGUGCCUUGCUUUUACUUCUAUUGUUGUAACUGUUGGAAAAUAAACUCAAUAAAAAUGAAA